AUGGCUCCUGCCGCUGCUGGGAGUUUCCUUGGCACAACGGCCGUGUCUGGUCGUGUGCAGUUUCCCGGUACGGCUCCUCCCGGGUCGGAUUUCUUCGACCAAGCCGCAUCUGGUUUGCUUCCCGGUAUGGCUGCCGGUAUGGCUGCUGCCGGCGCAAUAGACAAACUGGCGGGGGGCGGACUGAACGAUGAGACGCGUCGUCUUUUGGAGUGCGCAACCUUUGACGUCUGUGAGCACAUUGAGCAUUUAUUCCCUGAAAAUUAACCAUCCCCAUCCACUUUUUGUUUUUGCAUGAUAAACACAGACUUUGCUACAUGUUUUGCAUGACAAACUGGAAGAUGGGGAUGGUUAAUUUUCAGGGGAUAGCGUUUCGGCUGGACCGACGGCUUACACGACCUUCACCUGGACUUCUCUGGCGACCAGGCCUUGUUCAUAUCCACAGUAAAUUUCCCGUACACGACGUACAAACGCAGUCUCUGCAUGACAAAACUUGCCUUCAAUCCUAGUCCAGCAUGACAAGUUGGACUCUGCAAGGUAGCGAAAUUUGUCACGCAUUUUGUACAUGUACAGGAAAUUUACAUUGCAUAGUUCACCAUCCACGCCUAUUUGUCGUUCCGCCUCACCUAUCCUGUGCAAAAAUAUCGUACUCGUACCAAUUGCAGAUAUGCAUGACAAAUCCAACUUUCUACCUGAAAUAGCAUGACAAAUUGCAUUUUUGUUCUUGAGAAAAUUUGUAAUGCAAUUUAUACUAGUGCGAUAGUUUUGCAAUGCAUAUCACCAGAGUCGGGAUCGCCGGCGGGAACGUGGCGCCGGCGCAGGAGGACCUGGAAUCCUGGCAGCACCUGGUACACCGUAUGCAAUGCAAAAGCAUCGUACUCGUAUUGCAAACAUGCAUUACAAAUCUUUUUCUCAAGGUAAAUCAGCAUUACAAAUUUUCUUUCUCAUGCUGAGGAAAUUUGUAAUGCAUUAAUACGAGUACGAUACUUUUGCAAUCCAUACACCGCAACAGCUACCAAUGCGAAGUCGGCACUAUGUGGCAGAGUUUCAUGAGCUGGGAUCGCGACCAGUACUACCAGGCAUAUGCAUUGCAAAAGAAAAAGUGUGGCACUUGUAUAGUAUAAAUUGCAGUCAUGAUCAUGCAUGACCCCUGACAAGUCUCUGUCUAAACGUGAAACAGCAUUGCAAAUUUCACUUUUGAUAUUUUUCUUGCCGAAAUUCAUUGUGAUGCUAUUUGAUGUACUAGUCUGCGAUACCGAUAGUACUUUUCCUUUUGCAAUGCAUAAAGCGGACCCCAAGUUGAUCACCGAGAAAGUCGUGGCCGACACUCUGGCGACGAUCAAUAAGAUGCGCUACAGCGGAGGCUCCUUCGCGCCGCCUGUCUACUCGGCGGGGGUUUACAGUGCCGCGAGCGUGUACAACAACAACAACUACAAUACGAACAACUACCCGUCGGCAAUGCAGCAAGCGUGGCAGCUGCCGGGAAAAACGGCACAAGUGGCUGAUGACUACGACCCCCCUGCGGGCGUUCACGGGCGCCCGCACGCCAUUGCAAGCGGGUCCUCGUAUGGCAUGUCGUUCUUUCUUCCCGGAGAAAUUGUGUACUUCGCGUUCCAUGCACGAAGUGCCAUGAACAUGAUAUGCAUUGCAAAAGUAUCGCAAUCGUAAAACUUCUACAUGAAUGAUGAAAACCAUGCGUCACAAAUGUAACCGUACAGCAAGACAAUGAAUUUGUUCUUGAAAAAUUUCGUGACUUUGCAAAAAUUCAAUAAUGAAAUACCAAGGACGAUUAUAGCUGUGCUUUUGCAGAGCAUGCAUUAUUCUUUUCACCAACUUCCGCAUCCUGCACCGGGAUUACACAAACGCACUGCAGCAAUUCGUUCGGACUGACAAGAUUGCCGAACAGGGCUCGUUCGCCUGGUGGGAGUCCAUUCCCUACGAAGAGAUCUUUUUCUGGAAGCUGCGGACGCCGGGGAGGAUGGGCAACGUGUUCAAAACGGCCGAGGCCGUGCUCACCAUCGCAUGGGGCUUGCGCGAGGAAUCCUUCCGCUUCAAAGACAUUUGCGCGGACACCGCCGCGCUGUACCGUUUUCUCUCGGCCACGGUGACGGGCUACGCGGAGCAGAGGGACACGAAAACCGCGCACCUAGCCCAGAAACCCGCGCACCCCUGGCAGGGGAACUGGGGCAUGUUCGACAAGAGCGACCAAUUCUCCAAAGUCCCGAACUUCGAAGCCAUCGAAGCUCUCCACAACCAGCAGCCCCGCUGCAUGCUCGACUACGAAGCAGCGCACAUGUCGCGAAACGACGAGGGUGUGUCGGGUGAUUCGGCUGGUCAUGGUCUCGCCUACCGGAAGCCGCGCGACUUUCUGGUUUUCCCCCCGCCCCCCAAGGCUGCCUCGAAGCACACGCACGGACGCUUUUUCUUCUACGACGUGAUCGGACCGUAUGGCCAGGCCUUUGAGCUCCACUCUUGGCGGUAAGUAUAAUCUCUUCAGAAUUAUUUUGGCUUCUAUGUGGUGGUCGUUUUUAGAAGGUGAAGAUACACGUAGCGUACAGCAGCUUCGGAAAUGAAGAUCUGCAUCUCCUGUAACAGACCGCACGUCCUCGUCAUCUUGCGUAGAUACUUAUUCGAUCUGCAUCAACAUCGAGAUAUCGUGCAACUACAUGGCUCGUGCGAUGUGUCGUGUAAUAUUAAUACCGCCGAAUUUUUUUUUCACUUUGCGAUUUAUUGUGUAGCAUGAUUUGCGAUCACAAAUUACCAAGUUGUCAUGUUGCAAGGGAAGAUAAUGUUGGCUGUAGGGCUGGCUGGCGUCGUAAGGCCCUGUGUCUUCAGUAUGACAGGAAGCAACCUCGUCUGCACUGCCGGAAAUAGCGCAUGGCAAAUUAAUUGCCUGCAAACGAGGCGGUUGCAUCAUGUCUGUCUGUCUCUUGGCCUUCCAGCAAUACAAGUCGGCAGCUUGUGUAGGAAAUCGCGAAUGAUUCGCCGUUUAUUUUCACCCCCAAUGGGUUCUUGUAGACCUGGCAAAGCCGAUGAGUUCUUCGGGCUGCUGGCUGUUCCGACCCCCCUAAGUGUGAUCAUUUCCGCCCACGCCCACGCAUAUCGCGCAUCGAAAGUUUCCUUUUGGUUUUGAGUGUGGGAAUUAGGGGGGAUUAUGAUUUUUCCUCGCAAUAUUAUUUUCGCAGGUACGACAAAGUAGUCGGCUGGGAGAUGUGGACGCAGAGCCGGAUUCGACGGAAAAUAUUCGGGCGUCCGGGCUCUUCCGGGGCGCGGGAGUACUUCCGGGUUCUGGGCACGCGGUUCGAGGCCCCGAAACCGUUUGAAUCCUCGCAGAGCGGGAUUCGUGACGCCUUUAGCACCCCCUAUUUCUCGUUCCGGGCGCCGAAAAGCGCUGGGUACAUUUUCACGCCGCUGUAUGAAGAAGAGCACGGGGAUGUUUUUGAUGUUUUUAAUUUCUUCGAGCACCACUUCGCUAUCAACCCGAUCGCGGAGGCGCAGCACAUAAUCACGGAAGCUGGGAUCACCUAUCUCAUGCCUUCCCCGGCCCCGCCUGUUGACCGCUAG